GGCAGGCAGUGGCGCAGCACAGGCCGCCGAGCGCAGCCGGGCCGCCGCAGUUGAGCUGAGGAGAUGUCCAUCGACGCAGUUCUUUGACGUCUGCGACGGCCGUAGUUUGAAUUGCUGGUACCACCUGAGUUCAAAAAUAAAGCAACCAGCGACCGAGAUGCGCGCCGACGUCAAACUGCCGCUGCCUCUGCUGCUGCUGCUGCUGCUGGCGACGUGGGCGCCCCUAGCGGCUGCUAGGAGCACCUCGCUCCGAGACAAGUCGGCUGAGCUGCGGGCGGCGCAGGCGGCGCCGCGCACGGGCAUCACGGUGUCGGCGCAGGUGUCGGCGUCGCCGCAGCGGCCGUACGUGGUGUGGUGGGAGGGCGCGACCGCCGACUACUGGCUGUGCCUGUGGGACCGCGACCCGCGCGCCGGCGACGCCACGCCGCUGGCGCGCCUCGACCUGGGCGCCGGCCAGGCCGACCAGAGCGGCUGGUGGGACACCGGCAUCGCCGCCGCCGACUCGCACUCCGAGCCGCCCAGCUACGAGGCGACGGACCUGGGCCGGUGGGCGGGGCUGGUGCCGCGGUCCGCGGGCGACGUGUCCUCGUCGGCGGUGGGCGUGUCCUCGCUGGCGACGCGGCCGCGCUGGAUGGAGCAGAGCCGCGCGCAGCUGGGCCCGCUGCCGCUGACGGCGCUCUUCCUGCCCGGCACGCACGACUCGGGCGCCUACAAGCUGUUCAGCGCCGCCGACGCCGCCGCCGCCGGCAGCGCCGCGCUGCCCAGGGAGACGCUCAUCGACAAGUACUCCGUGGCCCAGGAGGAGUCCGUGCUGUGGCAGCUGGCGUUCGGCGUGCGCUACCUGGACCUGCGCGUCGCCUACUACCCGCUGACGGACGAGGUGUGGUGGCUGAACCACGGGCUGGUGCGCUUCCGGCCGCUGGCCGACGUGCUGCAGCAGGUGCUCACCUUCGUCGAGAACACCCAGGAGGUCGUCGUGCUCGACUUCCACGAGUUCCCCGUCGGCUUCCGGCAGCAGGGCCGGCGGCUGGGCAGCGUGCACGACCAGCUGGUGGCGGAGCUGCGCACGCAGCUGGGGGCCGUGGCGGCGCUGCCCACGGCCGGGGGCGGCGGCUGGGCGGCUACGCUGGACCAGCUGUGGGCCGGCGGGCGGCGCCUCGUCGUCUCCUACAACGACGCCACCACCGUCGCCGGCAACGCCGACUUCCUGUGGAGCGCCGUCUCGCAGAAGUGGGGCGACGUGCGCACGCUGGACGACCUCCACGACUACCUGCAAGGCCUCUACCUCAGCCCACCAACUGGGCCCUGGGCGGCGAUGGCUGAGCUGACGCCCAACACCAUGGAUGUCCUGCUCGACCGCCUCGGUGGACUCCGCAAGAUGGCUGACCUCGUUAAUAAAAAUGUCACUGCCUGGUACCGUGGAAAGUGGGGACAGACAGUGAAUGCCGUGGCAGUCGACUUCUUCCAAGGAACGGCUAUUGUGGAGGCCGCCAUCGAAUGGAAUCUGCAGCGUGCUGCAGAGGCCCGGAAGGCCAAUGUCACAGUUCCGCUAUGUUCCUCGGCACCGGGAAGGACAGGAGAGCUGUGUCCCUCGACACCGGGAAGGCAUCUAUGAUGACAUGGGCGUAAAGUGCCAGAGACUGUUCCUCAGUUUCUGUGCCUCCUACAGACAGUUCCUAUAUCCCCUAAAUGCUAACAUGGACAGAAAGUGGGAAACCACAUCACUACAAGAUGGUGACUGGCACAGUUCUGUGCACUGCCUACCAUAACUGUACAGCAAAAUAGCAACAGAGAUCAAACAUCAUAAUAGUGCUAUUAGAUAUUCUGCCACAUCUGUGACACCACUGUCAUAUCGUGCAGCCACAUCUUGCAACUCUGACAGUUUUGAGUGAUCUAGUAUUACACAAUGACAUGAAAACAUGGCCGUACUUUGUGGUACCUCAGAUUAAUGUUCCUGAUUGUGUGGUUACCUUGAAGAUAAGGGAUUGAAUUCACCAUUUUCUGCAUUGUAUGAGAAUCGGAUGAUAAAUCUUGUGCAUAUAUACUUCAUGAGCUAUGUCUGCAUAUCUGCAGCAGGAUAAAAUGAUAAUUCCUGUAAUGUAUCAUCCAUAUGUUUGUAUGAGUUACCAGACAUUACAUUAUAAGAAACAA